AUGACAUCCACAGUGACUGAUACUGAUGAGAAGAGUUUUCAAGAGAAUAUCUCCUACAAACCAGGCGUCUUUCGAUAUCACGAUCUACCGACGAAGAAACGAAAAGAAUUGUUUGAUGAUCGACAAAGAGAACUCAAUCCUUGCCUAAAAGAAUCGGAGAUAGCCAAUGCUUGUAUCUUGAUGAACAGCGAUGACCAACAGCAGUGUCGUGCUGAAAUGGAGAAUUACAAAACAUGCAAACGCUUUUGGACAGCCGUUCGAUCAUUCGCAACAACAAAUCAUCUUCUAAGAAACGACGGUUUUCCGCCACUAUCUCAGCGGCCGAUUUGGAAGAAACAGUUACAAACUUGGAUAGAAACAAACAAACUAACGGUGCCGGAUGAAAUCAAACCUUUAAUAUAA